AUGUUUAAGAGCGGUGUUGCCCGGACCUUCGGAAGGUCUGCCUUUGCGCGAUCGACUCUUCUUUCAUCUACAAAACCUGCCGUUGGCAACAAUGCUUUGCGAGCUCUCUCUGCUAGAUAUGCUAGCACAGACUCUGGAAAUGCCGGAAAGAUUCACCAGGUCAUUGGUGCCGUCGUUGACGUAAAAUUUGACUCUGAGCAGCUCCCUCCAAUCCUCAAUGCCCUCGAGACCAACAAUGGCGGUCAGAAACUCGUGUUGGAGGUCGCCCAACAUUUGGGUGAAAAUGUUGUGAGAACAAUUGCUAUGGACGGUACUGAGGGUCUUGUUCGUGGUGCGAGAGCCAUUGAUACCGGUGCCCCCAUCAGAAUUCCUGUUGGACCUGGUACGCUUGGCCGUAUCAUGAACGUCACCGGUGACCCGAUUGACGAGCGUGGCCCUAUCAAGGGUGUGAAGAUGGCCCCUAUCCAUGCCGAAGCCCCUGAAUUCGUUGAGCAAUCUACAACUGCUGAAGUCCUUGUCACUGGCAUCAAAGUCGUCGAUUUACUUGCCCCUUACGCUCGUGGUGGAAAGAUUGGUCUUUUCGGUGGUGCCGGUGUCGGCAAGACUGUUUUCAUCCAGGAACUGAUUAACAAUAUUGCUAAAGCCCACGGUGGUUACUCUGUCUUCACCGGUGUUGGUGAACGUACUCGUGAGGGUAACGAUCUGUACCAUGAAAUGCAGGAAACUCGUGUCAUUCAACUUGACGGCGAAUCCAAGGUCGCACUUGUAUUUGGUCAAAUGAAUGAGCCUCCUGGCGCUCGUGCCCGUGUUGCUCUGACUGGAUUGACCAUUGCUGAGUACUUCCGUGAUGAGGAGGGUCAAGAUGUGCUCCUCUUCAUUGACAACAUUUUCCGUUUCACCCAGGCUGGUUCUGAAGUGUCUGCAUUGCUGGGUCGUAUUCCCUCUGCUGUCGGUUAUCAACCCACACUUGCAGUCGACAUGGGUGCUAUGCAGGAACGUAUCACAACCACCAAUAAGGGAUCUAUUACUUCGGUGCAGGCUGUUUAUGUCCCUGCUGAUGACUUGACUGAUCCUGCCCCUGCCACCACCUUUGCCCAUUUGGACGCCACCACUGUCUUGUCCCGUGGUAUCUCUGAACUGGGUAUCUACCCUGCCGUUGACCCUCUUGACUCUAAAUCCCGCAUGCUUGACCCCCGUAUUGUUGGCGAUGACCACUACCAGACUGCUACCCGUGUGCAGCAAAUGCUUCAGGAAUACAAAUCCCUCCAGGAUAUCAUUGCCAUCUUGGGUAUGGAUGAAUUGUCUGAAGCUGAUAAGCUCACUGUUGAGCGUGCUCGUAAACUUCAACGUUUCCUCAGUCAACCCUUCACUGUCGCCCACGUUUUCACUGGUAUUGAAGGUAAACUCGUUGAUUUGAAGGAUACCAUCCGAAGUUUCAAGGCCAUUAUCAAUGGCGAUGGCGAUGAUCUUCCAGAAGCCGCGUUCUAUAUGGUCGGCGAUUUCGAAUCCGCUCGUGCGAAGGGAGAAAAGAUCUUGGCAGAACUUGAGAAGUCAUGA